AAAUGUCACUUGAAUAAGAAUAUAUGACAUUUUAAUUACUAACAUUUUUUUUGAAAUGUCACGGCUAAUGUAUUUUAGUGACAUUUGAUAAAAAAUGUUACUAAUUUGUGAAUAUUUACUUUUAGUUUCAUUUAUAAAAUGUUACUAAAAUAGAUGAAUAGUUACAUUUGUGAAAAUGAUACAAAACAUUGAAUUUAAUGACAUUUGAGAAGUGUUACUACAGUUAAUCGAUUAAGAGCUUUAGAAAAAUUGGGAUUAGGUCAACAAUCGAUUAAGCGCCAUUUCUCCUUGGCCGAAGUUCAGCAGUUACUUCCGUGCUAUUUCGAAAUCCAGCAAUGAAUCUGGUGCAAUUUCGUAGGUCCUGGUCCUCGACGAUUUCUCAAUUGUGCACCAGUUGCUCCGCCGCUCAUCAUCCUUGCCGUCCAGCAACAACCACUUCCAUUUCUAGAGUAAGUAAUAUUUGUCUCAUUGAUAUUGUGAUUUUUAAACUCUGAAUUUAUUAAAAUUGCAGAGCAACUCCAACUCUCUCUGAACGUAACCAAAGGGACUCAAGUCUCUCUCUCACAAUAGAAUUCAAGAUUGUUCACUGCAUGGAACUCUUGGGACUACAAUGACAGCCAACAAUGGACUUGUUGGAGGAGUGGAAAUUCUUGUUUCCAAUCUCAGCAGUCUUCAGGUCUCCGCUGCUUCUCUGGAGCCCUUCCACUAAACCCAUUUUCUUCCAUUACCUGGAUGAGCUAUUUGAACAAAAGGGUGAGGUUGCCAAAUUUGUGUCAGAUGAACUUGAGAAGCUAUACUUGCUGGAAGAUUUCUUAUUAGGAGCACAUUAUCUUGAUCUUAGCUACUGUAUUGAAAUCUUUAUGUUGAAAUGUUUGCUGCUAUUGCUGCCAUAUCAAACAGAACAAGUUGCAGAAGAGGACUUACGUCAUCGGGCAAGUUACAAAGUAUUGAAGAAAUACUAAAAAGCUAAAAGGCUUAUUUGGAUAAAUGUUAUUGCUAAAAAGAUGGUGAUGUUGAGGGAUCAUCUAGUUAUUUCUUUAGAGAUAUGAAAAAGAGAUUAUAUCCAUUUAUUUAGAAUUAUUUUUUGUAUGUACAUUAAUUAUGUUAAUAAAAUAAUUAUAAAUUUGUCUGUUUUACCA